AUGGAUGGACUGGGGAGGAUAGUCAUGCCGAUUGUUGGAGCAACAAGCAACAGGGGACAACCAGCCAGUGACGAUCUCUACAACACUUCUUACAGGGAGUUUUAUGGUCAAAGAGGUGAGAGUCCAACACUCAAAUACGUGCUUUACAGAAAUCCCAGCAUUGCAGUAUGAAAAGAAGUGACUUUAUCAUCUGUACAAUGAUUCAAACACUGAUGGCCAACAUUUGUCAGCUGUCUUAGACCCUGGCAUGGUGAACUUCUCUUCUCACCUUCAAAAACCACCAGGCCACUCUGGCUUUACAGUAAACAACAGACCUGCCAUUCAUUACAAGCCCAGAUUGGACUACAUUGAAAAUCCUCAGAUGGUGUAAGUGUUGCAUAAUUCGACCUGAAAAUGACAUUUGUUUAUUUUAUAAGGUAAAUUUAUGCAUAGGACAAUUUACUUGGUGUGAAAUGACUCAUUAGUUUAUUCAGGGUAGUGUAAACCGUGUAAAAGGUUUAUUUCUACUAUACAAAAGAAAGAAGAGCUUCCAACUUUGCAGCCAGUUUUUGUUUCAUUAGCUCACUUCUUAAAUGGCCCUCUUACCCAUUCAGGUGUACUCAGUUAAUCUUGGUAAUUAAACCUCAGCGGGAAAUUAAGUGAGGUGACUUUUUCACCGAGGAUAUUGUGACAGGUCACAGUAGGAAAAACACAGCGGUAAAAAUUAAAUUAUUAAUAAUGGCCAAAUUCCUCUGAGCUGCUGCUGAGACACUUGAGUAAAAACAAAGCCAUCGACUAUAAUUUCAUCAACCAUUUCCUCAGGAAGGGAAGCCCAAGAGAUUCAGCUGUGUUUCAGGUUACAAAGAAUAUACUUCAUGACACGGCGUCUGCCUAAACUAGCUAGCAGAACUAGCAAGCUCACAUUUUGUUCCUCACUUAUAACGCUGUUAGCAAGAUAAUGUGUGAAAACAAACAUUCAGUAAAGAUUAAGGUUGUUAAAGGCAAAACAAGAGAGAAGGUUAUGUCUUCUGAUAGCCUAGCUACAGCUAAUUUCAAGCUAAUUUAGCUGGUAGGCCUAUCUAGGACUUGUCUGACGCUAACCAAUGAGUUAUAACAAAAAGUAAAAUAUAAAUUGAUAAAAAUAUUGGUCUAGCUUUCGGCUUCGGAAGCUAACAAACUGAAUAUAGUGUAAACUUAUCACAAAUACAGGCGUGUUGUUCCCUCCUUGAGGCUUCCACUGUCCAACAACUUAAUGUCUCAAACAAAACAAGACUACCAGCCUCAUGUCCAACCUGAUGGUUCAGCCUCUUUGACAAAUCUACUUCAUAGACACAGAGAGAGGGACUUCCGUCAGCUGAGGAGUUAUCCAAAAACAGCAAUUCUGGAGAAAAGGGUAUGACAGAAACAUAGCAAUACCUCUCAAACAAUGACUUGUCACUGUCUGUGAAACUGUCUUCUUCUGUGUUUCCUUAGACAGAAUACCAAAGGAUGUAUAAGCCGAAUACUUCAACACAAACAGGUAAACUUGAUUUGAAAGACAGGUUAAACAUUGUUUGCAUACACUCGAAUCAUAACAAGCUGUCUGCCUUUUAGUUUCUCAUAACCUGAAGUUUUUUUAUCAUGAUGUUUUUAAUGUUGUCAAUUCCACCAGUUCCCAAAAACAUUGUGACCGUGGGUCCAAAAACAGAAAGUGGUUUUACAAGGGACACAGACCGACAACCUAGAAAAAUCUCCAUGGCAAGUAUUUUGAGAAGUCAUGUUAUAAAAUGAAUCAGGUUUGCAGGAUAGAAUUCUUAUCAUUUAAAGAACUGAUUUAUAAUGUUUAUCAGUUAUCAUGCAGCAGAUGUAUAAGUUGUAUCCGCUCUUAUGUCUUGUUUUUGUUGUUGUUUUUCAGGUUGACCCUCAGCAGAUUUACAGUUCAGUGACGAGGAGUGAUUUCAUGUGUCCAACGUUUUUACAGGUUGACACAGAUCUUGCUUCAUGUUACACACAGGUGUAAAAUUAGUAACUUUAUGAAAUAACACAAGGUCAUGUCUUGCUGUGCUUGUCUUUGAGGGCAAUAAGGCCACACUGAGCCUGCGUGGAUGUUUCAGUCAAGAAUCAGGAUACACUCGAGGCGCCGUCACGCCCUUGGCCUGUUACCCGGUAAGUCCUGACCCACUGCCAAUCUCUUAUUGCGUGUUUAAAUUUAAAUUUCUUAUCCUCGGUGUCCUCUCUGCUCCUCUAGACCUCUGUGCUGCUUUCACCCAAGACUAAAAGUGAUUCUCCAACUAAGAAGACCAUCGGAGUAAAGGUUACAUAUUUUUAUCUAACCGCUCAGGAUGGGCUUUUAUGUCUGUGUCUGUUUUUUAAUGGUCUAUUGUGCUUUUUUAGGAGUCUACUGGGUUCAUCUCUAAUGCUCCAAACAACCAGGCUUUCCCUAACACACCUUUUGAUGGUUCACACUUCACUACUCAUUAUAGGAGCAUGUAAGUGCUUUUAAGUAGCUAUAAGGCACUGUAAAGAGUUGGAUCGAUUCUAUUGACAAUCUAUUGAGCACCAUCAACUGCUGUAAGAUGUGGAUCUUUACAACCAUGUAAUCUCUUAUUUAUAGCCGUUAGUUAGCUAACAAGAGGUGAUCAGGUGUACCAGCACAUGAUUACAUUACAGUGUCCCUAUAGUCUCCUCACAGUGCCUGUAUGAUAGUACCAAUCUGCUCAUAUCAACCACUACGAGAUAAUAUCUGAGAAGUUGUUUGGUUGACUGAUACUGUGAACCUAAUUUUUCAGGUUUGUUCAUCAUGCUGAUAAAGACAAGUGCACUCGUGCAGGAAUCCUCAGUGCAAAAAAGGACUAUGCCUAUAACCGUGACGACAUGGUCAGGUACACAGAUAAGUACAACACCUUAAGUUCACUUAUGUCCAUGUAUACUCGGACUUAUAAAAGCUUUUUCUGUUUCUCAGGUUCAUCUUAAGGGGCUAG